ACAUUGGAUAUCAAAACUUAAACGUUGCGUUUUGGAUUAGGGUUCGUAGUGUCCGUCUCGCGUCUCCAAUCUUCCUCCAUCGACUGAUUCGUCUUCUUCUUCCACGAACAGAGACGGUAACCGAUUCCCUCAUAAAGCCCUCCUUAAUCAAUCACACACGAUCUCCAUUCAAUGCGACCCUGGAGAGUGCAAGGCAGUGGACGCUCUGCUAUAAAAAGGUACGAGUUCAUGCUUUCAGAAUCAUCCUUCGUUCUAAACUAACCAGUAGACAAAAAGUUUGAGUCAUGGCUAACGAUUUGGUCUUCCUCUCUGAUCUACGGACUGGCCGCUCUUCCUCCUCUAUUCAAGUUCGCAUGCUCUGAUUUGACAUGCUUUUUCUGGAUUCUCAGAUAAAACUCAAUGAGAGAAGACAGAAGCUGGAGAAGAGAAGAGUGAGGUUCAAGUUGUGCUCCUUGGACAAGGACUUGGAGAUUUUUUAUCUGAAUCCUCACCAAUGCAAUGUCUCUGAACCACAAGUGUACAGGUUCUGCUGAGUACACAAGUCUAAGAUAUCUUGAGAGCUCAUCAGGGGUAAGUUCUGAGAACAAGAGAAGACAUUUCUUAUGUCUCUACAACAGAUUUAAUGUUUAACUUAUGCUCUAAAUUGUUCCAAGAAUCAAGUUUGGGUCUAGAAAAACGAGACAGAAACAUUCAAUACCUGAAACAAGAGCAGGAGCAACCAAGUCAUGUCUCUGUUCUAGAGAGGAUACGUCUGGAAGAAGAAAUAGUAGAAGAGAAGAUUAGAUUGCUAUCUUUUCAUGAUUCAUGAAUCUUCUAGAGAAGGACUCUGUUCACAGGUUUGUGAAGAAAGUUCUUGAAGCUUCAAGACUGAACUGGACUAAUAUUAUGGCAAGAUGCAACGAAGAAACAUCACUACUUAACGAAUUCUCACACGGCGAUCACAACAAGGGUAAGCUUCUUCUGGUUCUUGAUUACACGGACGAGAGUCUCCAAGAGAUUUACCUUCGAGACAUCAUCAAGUUUUGGCCUUUCUUGAGAGUUAUCAUCAAUCUACCAUCUUCUUCUUUUAGAGAAGACCUGAUUCACGAGACGCUGAGACGUUUCGACUGGGGUUUACUCUGCUGUGACACUCCAAGAACGUUGGAUCAGAUCAUUGUGACUGAUGUGGUAAAGCCAUCAUAUCUUUGGUCGGGUUUUGGUGGUGAAGCUGAAGGUGGAAGUAGCCAGGUGCAGAUAGCAUCGGAGAAGGUGAAGAAAGCACGCAAUGCAUAGGUGAAAGAGAAUUGGAGUUCAAGACGCAGUUUUUUUUAAUGCUUAAGUCGUUUAUGCUGUUUUUUCCCCUUUUCUGGUGUUUGUUUUAUGAACAAGUUUGACUUUCACUCUUUGCUACUUCUAUAAUUUUGGUUUUUUAAUACAAAAUAUAAAAUAUAUCUCAUUUCAGAAA